AUGGAAAGGAGCCGGCUAAAAGACGUCUUCGCGGACUACAAGACGACACCAGCGAUUCUGAAGUUCCUUACCAAUAUAGGGGUAGGCCGGAGACAGCGAGCGGAUAAAGAAGAGGCUAGGAAUAGAGAGGAGGACAAGAUUAGAGGGUGGGUGGAAGAGGAGGAAGGCGGAGCGGAGGAGGGCGAGCAUGAUGAGUGGACGCAGAAUAGAGGCUUAAAGCCGGAGAAGGUAAGGAGCAGGGAGCAGGGAACCGCAUACGGCGACAACGCCUAA